AUGUUACCCAUUUCGAUCUUGAAAGGAUCCAUCACCCUAGCUGGUCUUCUAUUUCAACCACAAAACAUUACUGGCACUCUGCCAGGCCUUGUGAUCAUUCACCCUGGCGGGGGAGUGAAAGAGCAGGCUGCUAGUGUCUAUGCUGAAAAGCUCUCCCUGGAAGGCUACGUCACUAUCGCAUACGAUGCUGCUCAUCAAGGUGACUCUGGAGGCCUCCCACACUUUUUGGAGAAUCCCAACUCUAGGGUCACAGACGCCUCCGCCGUGGUCGACUAUCUCGAGACGCUCGAUUAUGUUGACCCUGAUCGUAUCGCCGUGCUUGGAAUUUGCGCCGGGGGAGGAUAUGCAGCAGCCGCAGCCAAGGGCGACCACCGCCUGAAGGCCGUUGCAACAGUUAGUGGAGUGAACAUUGGCGACGCCAAUCGCGAAGGCUGGCUUGGGACUGAGGAUAAGGCUGGCAAAAUUAUGGUUCUUCAAGACAUUACUGGUCCCAUUCAAGCCGAAGCCAAUGGGACCAAACCUGAAUAUUUCAACUAUGUCCCCCCAAAUCCCAACGAGAAUACACCAUAUGACCUCAGAGAUGCUGCCGACUACUACCUCACUCCGCGAGCUCAGCACCCCAACGCUCAGAAUAAAAUGCUUGCACGAUCUCAAUCACUCUUGCUCAACUUUGAUGCGUGGGAUUUUACAGACAUAUACCUUACUCAGCCAACUCUUGUCGUCUAUGGCGACUUGGCAGAGAGCAAGUGGCAUUCAGAGAGACUUUACAACAAGUUGAAGGGCAAAAACACUGGAGUAAGUCAGUACGUGAUCCCAGGUGGUCGUCAUAUGGACUUCUAUGACCGCCCCGCGUACGUCGAUCCUUCUGUUAAGCAAAUUGCCGACUUCUUCCGGCAAGUAUAA